AUGAACAAGUUCAACUUCGUCGAGGAGUUUGACUACGACCACGAGUGGGACAUGGACGUCGACGCCAAUUGGAAAGGGCUUAGUGAGAACUAUAACGAAUGCUAUCACUGCCCUACAUCUCAUCCAUUGAUUGCUGGCGUCUCGGAUGUGUCGAAGUAUCGCGUUGAGCCGAACGGGGAUGGCAUCCUCGAGCACGAGAUCGUCAACAGGGAUCAAGAGGCCAAGCAGUUCCGAAGGUCGAUCACGUAUUUCUAUCCAAGCACCUCUGUCACAAUCACCGAAAACAUGUUCUAUAUACAGCGCAUGAUACCAGUGACAGCAACAACGAGCAAGGUCGAGAAUGAGGUUUACCGGCACAAGAAUGCAACGGAUGAAGAGUUCGCGAAGAUCAAUGCCUUUUAUCAUCAAGUUCUUGCCGAGGACAAAGACCUCUGCGAUGGCUCGCAGAGAAAUAUCAACGGGGGUGUAUAUGUCAACGGAGAGUAUCACCCUGAAAAGGAGAAGGUCCCGCUGCAUUUUCAAGCAAUACUUCGUAAGGACAUUACCGAGCAUCGGAAAAAGGAGGAAUAA